UUUGUCUACACGUUUUAUGAAAUAAUAUUUAUUAAAUAAAUAUUAAUUAUGUGCAAAAAGUUCUUAAAGCGAGUUAAGAGAAAUAUAACGUGACAUUAUCUAUGAAAAAAAUAAGUACUUAGUUUCAUUUUAUAAUUUUUUUUAUGAUUUCCGAACGUCGUAUUUGACAUUUGUCAUUUGCCGGUUGUUUGUUUGUUAUUUUAUCUUAUGUAAAUAAAUAACAAUUUUAACAUGUUACAUUUAAAAUGAGGACGAUUCAACUCCAAUAUGAGCUAAUGGUGGAAUUUAUGCAAAAAUUGGAAUAUUUGUGGGACCAGUCCAAUAUUACUGGGAGCAGUGGGCCUACUGUAUUCCUACCACACCACUCACUGUUCCUCACGAAGCCUACCCUUCGCCAGCGCCUCCACCAACACCACCGAUCCUCCAUCCGAGGAAGAUAGCUGGAAUCCUCCACCAGUGAAAAAACCUAAAGCGAGUUUGAUUAAAAUGUGUAUAAAGAAUGACAAGAAUACUAUGCUAGGGCGUGAGAAAAGUUAUUAUUUUUUAUUAGUUGAUUAUUUUUUGUUACUUACUGUUAAUUUUAUAUUUAUUUCAAUUUUUCUGUUUUUAUGUUAUUUUAAAAUACAGUGUAGUCCGUUUAGUACGACUUCGCAUAUAGCAACCAACCGUUUUUAGCGACGAAAGUUUAGGCAUUUGUUUGGUUUUAGUAUAAACUUGCAUAAAUAGACAUUCGUUUAUUACGGCUCUGCUUACAACGACCAUCCGCUUUUAACGACCGAAUUUCACACAUAAUUGUCCAGUUACAACGACACAACGACGAGCGUUGCCGUGAUUACAAAUAAUUCAUAGAAAAUAAUGAAAUAAAUGAAUAGCUAUCUCAGCUAUCGCCCCGCGCGACGCCUCUGAUUGGAAAUUGACUGUUUAUUUUAUGGCAGUAUGAAUUUGUAGGUAAUUCCAAGUGACGCGAUAAAACGCGAAUACAACCAGAAAACAAACAAAUGUUUGUUUGUUUGUUUUGUUUAUGCCUAUAUGCCUACGCACCUGCACCUCGGCUGAGCACCCUCACCCCGCGACCCCGCACGCUUCACUUCUCGAUAUUGGCGCGCAUAAAUAACAGUUGAGUGUUUGUAACUGUUAUGAUAAGUUCAUAAAACUUGACAAAAUGAGUUCUGUGAAGCGAAAGUGUUUUACGAUUGAAGAAAAAAGUGCAAUAUUACACCGAUUAGAAGCCGGUGAAUCGAAUGCUACACUCGCAAAGGUGUUUGGUGUAUCUCAUUCUACAAUAUCCACAAUAAAGAAGAGUAAAGAUAAGAUCGAGCCGCUGUUUAAUGCCAAUGUUUUAAAAUGCAAACGUGUAAGGACGUCUACUUAUGAGCAGGUGGAUAAGGCAUUGUUACAGUGGUUUAAGUUUCAACGCGACCGAGGAAUACCCGUUAAUGGACCUCUGCUACAAGAAAAGGCUAACUUUUUUGCUAGACAAUUAGAUAUCCAAGAUUUCAAAUGUGCCAUGAGUUGGAUAAAUCGUUUCAAAGUAAGACACAACAUCGUCAGUGGUAAGAUUGCUGGAGAAUCUUUGUCAGUUCAACAGAGUGAUGUGAUCGAUUGGUUAGAAAAAGUUUGGCCUACCCUACGUGCGCAAUUUAAAGAUGAUGAAAUUUUUAAUGCGGAUGAGACUGGACUGUUUUAUAAAUUGACUCCGGACAAGACGUUGAAAUUUAAAGGUGAGAAAUGUAAAGGAGGAAAGUUAUCAAAUGAGAGAAUAACUGUGAUGGUGGCAGCCAAUAUGAGUGGCACAGUUAAAAAAACUUCUCGUAAUCGGAAAAUCUCAACGCCCCAGAUGUUUUAAAAAUGUACGGCAUUUGCCAGUAGAUUAUGAGAGCAAUCGAAGAGCCUGGAUGACUGCUGAAAUUUUUACCAAAUGGGUACGUGCUUGGGAUCGUGAACUUACGAAAAAGAACAAGAAAAUUCUGCUGUUAGUUGACAACUGUCCUGCACAUCCCCACAUUGCUGACUUGAAAAGGAUAACUCUGGUGUUUCUACCUCCAAACAUGACAUCAGUAUUGCAACCCAUGGAUCAAGGGAUUAUUCGAGCUUUGAAAGCACAUUUUCGUAAAAACCUUGUCCUGAAAAUGAUCCAGCUUCUAGAUGGCUGCGGAAGCUGUAGUGUUGAGUACCCAAAGAUGAAUGUUCUUGAUGCUAUUCUAAUGAUUCAAGAUGCCUGGACCCAACUCAAGCAAGGAACAACUUUUAACUGUUUCAGACACGCUGGUUUUGUCGAAUGUAACACAGCAGUAACUUCAAAUACAGAGGAUUUUAACGAAGAAGACGACGUACCACUGAGCGUUUGGGCAAGGGCUAUUGAUAAGCAUCAGUUAACCAUAACAAACGAGGACUUUGAACAAUUCACCUGUGUCGAUGAUGCUGUCGCCACGUGCGAAGAGCCGUGUGAUGAAAACAUCGUGGAAAAUAUCAUUGCCAGCGACGCGAAUAGCCAAGAAAGCGACGGCGAUGAUGACGAACCAGAGGAGGUUCAUCCAACAUUGAGUGUAUCUGAUGCUCUGAAGGCUGCAGAAACGCUCAAUGUGUUUGUUCAGACUAAAUUUGAUGAUGAUAUUAUGAAAACGAUGAUGUCACGAAUCCACAAUGCCGUACGAAGCUCUUAUUACCGAACAAAAGUUUGUCAAAAACAAACUCAAAUAACAGACUUUCUACGUUAGUUGCUACACAGAACUUUUUCG